UCCAAUUUACAGUAAAACCUGCCAAUUUUAAUGUAACGAGUGAUUCGUUCUGAGAUCAAUUAUCAUCUCAUGUACAGCAUCAGCUGAGGUAAAUUUAGAUAUUCUUUGGAAGCAUCACUGUACAUUCAAUUGAUCAGCACGAAAAGAGGCCAGGUAUUUUUUGGCGGCAACGGAUCUGCGCAUGCUCUGGCCAUUGCGCAUAUGCGCAGAUCACCGGUGUUUCGUCCCAACAUCACAUUGUACGGUACGUUCUGGAGUCCGGUCUGGCGGUUGGAGAAUUUUAACCUAACGGUUGUUGGAGAAUUUGCAGUGGACAUUUUACAUCGGCCAACUAUUCCCGAGCCGACUUAUUCCCAACGUGUUUAUACCCCAUCGGAUUUUCGUUGAUCUGCAACAUUGAGGAGGCUAAAAAAUUGGGCAUUCAGAGGUGUGGAAUUGGAAUAAAGGAGGAUACACAUCGAGAUGGCUGACGUAGCAGAUAACGUAAUCUUCACCGACCCCAUAGCAGCCAUAUCCCAGGGUAAACGUCACCUCUUGGUUCGUGAUUAUGGAAUGGCAGUGACUGCUCUUGCUCAGGCCUGCGAACUCCUCGCACAAAAGCACGGAGACACCGCCGAUGAACUGGGAGAACCCUAUCUCUUGUACGGCAGAGCUCUGCUCGCUUUGGCCAGAGAAGAAACUGGAGUAUUGGGCGGUGCAGUUCCUGGUUCCGAUGAGAUCGAGGCUGAAGAGGAACAUGACGAAGAUGAGGAUAAUGCAAAUGACGAAAAGGAAACUGAUUACGAAGCUGACGACGACGAACCCGUAGCCAAGAAAUCCAACGGUGCUGCUACUGACGCCGAGAAGGAAGCUCUAGCAAAUAACGAAGCUAGCGCAAAAGCAGAUUCUUCGACAAAACCUGAAGGCAGUGAUUCGAAAAUACCCAAGGCGGACUCUAGUUCUGGAAUCGCUGAUCAACACGAUAAAACUUCGGAGGAUGACAAAAAAACGGCUGAUAGCCCAGCAUUAAAGAAUAGUGCGGAAGAGAAAGUGGAAUCAACAUCUUCGGACGACAAAGCAACCAAGAACGAAGCUGUAAGAGAGGGCGUCUCAAAAAAAGGUGAUGCAGCCAACGAAGUCGAGGCGGCAGAUGCGAAACCCGAGGGAGCAGAGUCUAAAGAAAAGAUUGGAGCCAGCGAACUUGCAUUUGCGUCGACAUCUGGUCACGCAGCAGAAAAAGUCACACAAAACGGUGAUGGAUCAGCAAACGAGGAAGAUGACGUAGAGGAUGAUCCGAAGGAAGAAGAUGAAGAGGACAUUAACAAUUUGCAGCUUGCCUGGGAAGUCUUGGAAUCAGCAAAAUUGAUUCUACUUAAACGUGGUCCACCCGGAUGGAAACAUUUGGCAGAAGCUCACAGAUUGCUCGGGGAAGUUGGCAUGGAGAGCGGCAACCAGCAAGGAGCAUUGACCGACUUGCAAGCAUGUUUGGACCUUCUGGCCAAAGUUGAACCUUGUGAUCCGAGAGCUAUCGCUGAAACAUACUAUCAGCUCGGAUUAGCUUAUUCAUUAGCCAACGAGUUCGACGCAAGCAUCGAGCAGUUUAAGGAAGCAACGUCGCUCCUGCAAGCCCACAUUCAGCAAUUGAACGAGUCUAAAGAUUCCCGCAAAAACGAUGAUCCUUUCUACACCGUGGAGGGAGAAAUCCAAGAACUGAAGGAACUGCUACCGGAAAUUGAAGAGAAGAUCGCAGAUAUUACAGAUUUCAAAGCAGCAGCGUGCAAAGCUAUGGUAGAAGGAAUAAAGAAUAAAGUAGCCGCUGGUUAUAUUCCAAAUGGUGCAGGACCAAGCAGCGACGGUGCCAGUUCAAGCACUGCAGAAACAAGCUCCGUCAAUCAAAAAUCCGCUACCGACAUAUCGCAUCUGGUGCGUAAGAAACGUAAAAUAGACGAGCCUGACAAUUCAACGGAAUCGCCGAGCAAGAAGUCUACGCCUGAAAAACCUGUCUAACUGUCGGUAAGUUGUUAUGUCAUUAAAAAUGCAACAUUACAUAAGUUUUACAAACCAUUCAGAUCCCAACGAAAUAUUCCUUUUUUUGUGUUAAAAUUUUUUAAUUUCUCAACGACAUAAAUAUUCCUUCUUUUGUGUUAGAAUUUUUUGUUUUUUCAAUGUCAUAAGUAACGUCCAUCUUUCCAAUACGUUUUGUUAUUUUUAUUAUUUUUUUUCUUCUCGUUGGUCAUGUGUUUUAAUCGUAUCUUAUUUAUUACUCAUUUAACUAGAAUGAAAAUUCUUGAUACUGUUCAGUUAUUUUAAAAGCUUGUUCUAGCUGCUCAUCACGACUUUGUAUAUUAUAUAAAACUACAUAAGGCUGUAAUUAAUAAGUUAGAUCUUGGUAAAUAAAAAAUCGAUGGUUUUCUAUAA